UCUUCUUUCCGGUUCGUCUUGAGCUUGCUCCACCCGCAAUGGGAUGCCAGGCGAGCCGCCGGAUCCUCCUCCUCGCCACCAUAGUCGUCGCCGCCUCACUGCCACCACCCAGCGCGGCGCAGACGGCCAGCUGCGCCGACCUCGCGUUCUCCGGCGGCCGCCUCUACGCGGCAUGCAGCCCGCUGGAGGAGCUGGACGCCAGCGUCCACUGGACAUACCACGCGUCCAACGGCACGGCGGACGUCGCGUUCCGCGUGCCGGGGGGCUCGGCGGGGUGGGCGGCGUGGGCCAUCAACCCGUCCGCGGUCGGCAUGCUCGGCGCCAACACGGUGUUCGCCUACCACAACCCGGCCACCGGGGUGGUGGCGGUCGCGACGGCGGUCGUCGACAGCUACGCCCCCGCGUUCGCGGACGGGGACCUCGCCUUCGCCGUGUACAGGCGCGGCGCGGAGUACACCGACGGCGUGUACGCCAUCCACGCCACAGUCGCGCUGCCGGGGAACAGCACCAGGCAGAACAUCGUCUGGCAGGCCGGCACGUCGUCCCCGGACGGCCUGCCGGAGAGCCACCAGGCGUUCGGGGACAACGUCAUGUCGUCCCGCAGCUGGGACUUCAGGUCGGCCGAGGCGGCGGUCGUCGUCGAUGACGUCCCCGCCGCGCCAAGGGACAGCGUCUACCGCGCACUGCUACGCCCCAAGAAUAUCCAUGGCGUGCUGAAUGCUGUGAGCUGGGGCGUGCUGCUCCCUCUCGGCGUCAUGCUGGCGAGGUACAUGAGGGUGUUCCCAUCGCUCGAUCCGGCAUGGUUCUACCUCCACGUCGCCUGCCAAUGCAGCGGCUACGUGGUCGGGUCGGCCGGCUGGGUCUUCGGCCUCACGCUCGGCAGCCCGGCCAAAGGCGCCCUGCAGCACCAUGGCCACCGCAACAUCGGCACCGCGCUUUUCGUCCUAUCAACGCUUCAGGUUUCUGCCUUGCUGAUCCGCCCUAAGAAGACCGUCAAAGUUCGCUUCUACUGGAACCUGUACCACUGGUCCGUCGGCUACACGGUGGUCGUUCUGGGCGUCGUCAAUGUCUUCAAGGGCAUCGGCAUCCUGCAAGCUGAUCAGAAGUACAGGCACGCCUACCUUGGUGCCGUUCUGGUGCUAGCUGUGGUGGCCUUCGUCUUGGAGCUUGUGACGCUGACGGUCAGGUUCAAGAAGGGCCGGCGGUAAAAAUUCCUGCCGUGGUGCUUAGACUGCCUUGGGCUUAUCUGCGUGGACAUCUGAUGUACUGCAACCGAUCAUGGCUCGGGUAUAUAUGUAAAACUGGGGAAGAUGGAACGGUAAGUUGGUUCUUCCUGACAUUAUCUACGGUAAUGAGCGGGCAGUGUAGCCGUGAUGACAGUUUUGACCGAAGUUUAUACUGCUUCUGUUUUUAUUUACUCUGCAUAUUAGAGUUGACU